GGAAGUUCCCCCCGCCCCGGCGCUCCCCGCUCGCUCUGUCCGUGGGGCUGCGCGGCACCGUUCAUGGAAGAGAUGUCGGGAGAAAGUGUGGUGAGCUCAGCAGUGCCGGCGGCUGCGACUCGCACUACCUCCUUCAAAGGGACGAGUCCGAGUUCCAAGUAUGUCAAGCUGAACAUUGGUGGUGCCCUCUACUACACCACCAUGCAGACCCUGACCAAGCAGGACACCAUGCUGAAGGCCAUGUUCAGUGGCCGAAUGGAAGUCCUCACGGACAGCGAAGGCUGGAUCCUGAUCGACCGCUGUGGAAAACAUUUUGGGACAAUACUGAACUACCUGCGUGACGGGGCAGUACCGCUCCCCGAGAGCCGCAGGGAGAUCGAAGAGUUGUUGGCGGAAGCAAAAUACUACCUGGUCCAGGGGCUGGUGGACGAGUGCCAAGCAGCCUUGCAGCAGAACAAAGAUGCGUAUGAACCGUUCUGCAAGGUACCAGUCAUCACAUCUUCUAAAGAAGAGCAAAAACUUAUAGCCACUUCUAACAAGCCAGCAGUGAAGUUGCUAUAUAACAGAAGCAACAACAAAUAUUCCUACACCAGCAACUCUGAUGACAACAUGCUGAAGAACAUCGAGCUAUUCGAUAAGCUGUCCUUGAGGUUUAAUGGGAGAGUGCUCUUUAUAAAAGAUGUGAUUGGAGACGAGAUCUGCUGCUGGUCUUUUUACGGGCAGGGGCGGAAGAUUGCCGAAGUUUGUUGCACUUCCAUUGUUUAUGCUACUGAGAAAAAACAGACAAAGGUGGAGUUCCCAGAAGCCCGCAUUUACGAGGAGACACUGAACAUUCUGCUGUACGAGUCCCAGGAUGGCAGGGGACCCGACAACGCGCUCCUGGAAGCCACAGGAGGGGCAGCUGGCCGCUCCCAUCACUUAGAAGAAGACGAGGAGCGAGAGCGCAUUGAACGCGUGCGAAGAAUUCAUAUUAAACGUCCGGAUGACAGGGCCCACCUGCACCAGUGAGCUGGCCGAGAGCCGCAGACUGCGCAGCUCUGUCCGCAAGGUGCUGCCCUUUGUCUCACCGAUUAUCUGCAGCGGAGGACCAGGCGGUUUAACUUCUGUUCAGCAAAGUCUGUAAAUUACGUUUUGUAACAAACUAGAUUAUUUGGGGUAUUUAAAUGCAGUAGUUCUAGGACAAGAAUAAAUAAGGUUACUGGGCAUACGAUAGAUACUGUAAGGACUUAUUGAGCAGCUGGAGAGAUGCCCUGAAUUUUUAGCACUCUUGUCUUUGCUAUUUUGUGGCUAGAGAGGAAGAGGGCUGGCUUCCUUUGGCUUUGGUAAUUGUCCUGCACUUUAAAAACGAAACAAAAAUACAAACAAAAAAAAAAGUCAGUCGGCUGUACACCUUCCCUCCAGGCACUUGUUGACCCUGUCUCUUAGACCUUCAGGCGUGAGAGAAAUGCAGUGAUCUAAACGCACCAGAGCUCCCUUUCUCCCAGGCCUGUAAGCGAUAGGGUGCCUUGGUGACUCCCAGAAGGACGAGUGACACACGUGCUGACUCGAUUCGGGUAGUGCUGGGGAGCAGAGGGAGCCCUCUCGGAGUGGUGGGAGGGAGCCAGGGGAGCUGCUUGGGCUCGGCUGGCUGUGGCUCCCCGCAGCUCUCGCGACCUGCUCCCUGAAGGUUUCAGCUGGAGCUUCUACAGCACUGAACUGUGGAGACCCACCCCUGCCAUAUCCCUGCAGUGCAAGGGUGGAAGAUGUUAAAAUUCCUCCAAAAGGAGGAUCAGGAGCAAAUUGUAUGUGAUUGCUUUUCCUUAGGGUGGUGUUGCUACCGGUUAGCGCUUAGAAUUUGUGCCUGAGCCCGAGUCUCAGCUGGGGAGUUAAUUUCCAUCAGCUCGGGGGUCAGUAAGCUGCGAGCGGCGCUUUCUUCACUGCGGGUAAAGCAGUGGUCACCGCGGGUUCAAACACUCCACCCCAGCUGGGGGGAGGCCAGCAGCCGUAGUUCAGUUCUGUAACUGAUACAGGAGCAUUGUCUUGCUUUGAGCGAGGGCAACGCGAGUACCAUGAAGAAGAGGAGUAGACAGGGGCCCAGGGGCAGUUAUUCCUCGUUUGACUUUAUCCUGAGCAUAUUCCAGGUCUUUUCAGAAACGGCAGCUGUGUGUGACAGGGCAGAGCUAAAAUGUUGUGCAGAGAAGAUCGCUGUAGUCUAGUUUUCUAAGAGUACUUUUCUAUUAUAAAUUAAUAUUUUAUCUACCUCCUCGUCUCUUGUUGCCUGUUGUGGAGUCAAGUAAUAAUUAUAGUGGAAGAUCGUGUAUUAUUCAGUAGGACUGGAUGCUAAAGGAUAAUGAGCAGAGCCACAGCUGUAAUGGUUAACGUAACAAAUCCUGAGAGGGAGAGAAACCUGAUGUAGGAAGUCUUAAACUCACAAUCAGGCUGGCACCUUGGCAGACACCAGAGUACUUUGGCCUAUUCUAGAGUUUUUUGACUGUUCGUCUGGAAUAUCUAGUGCUGGCCUUGAUGGCCAGACGUCUCAUACAGAGCAGCAGCAGCUCCAUGUUCCUGUUCCUCAGUGAGGUGGGUAUUUACUUCUGCCCAGCUUCCUGCUGCGAGGAUUCCUCCUCCUGCCUCAGGGCUGUUAAUGGCGUGUUAACAUGUUAAAAACCAAAGGUGUUGUCAGCUCACCAGCUGCAUUACUCCAGUGCUUCUAUUUCAGAGCCGUUACAUCCCAAACUAUGUAUAGCUUGUCUUAGAGGCGAAAAUAAGGCAUUAAGUGUUCGCUCAGUGGUACAAUUUUGGAUCAUCGAGUAAAGCUAAAAUGAUUUCAAAGUUAGGCUGAGGUCAUCUUUCUAGUAACCAAAGACUUUUCUAAGUUCCAGGCAGCUGGUGUCUGUAACUCGUACCUGUCUCCUCUACUCUUUGUCCUUCAGCUACUGGUUUGUAGGUAAGAGCUCAAGAGUAAACAGCUGUAUCAGUUAUACUGUACUCGGCAGCUUCAGCAAUGUCCUGACAGUUACAGGCUUCUGUUUUAAGCUGUAUUUACACGUGUUUGCAACACACUUAGGGUUUGUAGAAGUCCGUAGUGCAGAUUGUCGUUGUGAAGGACGCAGUGCCCCUCCCUUCUUACCUUCCUUGUGCGAUAAGCUGGGGAAUGGGGAAGGAAAGUCCUCUGAAUUGCUCUGUUUCUUCAGCACUGUGUACUUUGACACUUACUGGUGUGUUACUGGGCUGUUUGUGGGUUUCUGAGCACCUGUAACAGACCUGUCCUGGAAGGCGUCUCGCCUCUGUGCUAUGUGAAGCUGUUCAGUCUGACUCCUGUGUCUCAGCAGUCCCGCUGUGCUCCCGCUGGCCGGCAGCGGGUGAAACGGAAACACCAGCCCAUUCCCGUAGAAUACGCCGAUAGUCCUGCAGCAAACCCUGCUCGCUUCGUUAACGCUAGAGCGCUGGCUCUCUCCUGCGAGGCAGGAGGGACAGGCCAUCUUCAUCCUCGCUGUGCUGAACUGCCUGCUGCGGCGCAGGGGGGACCCCAGCCACCCAGCGCUGGCCGCUCAGACGAAACCCGGCCAAGUCCUGUGGUACAAGAGCAGGUUCAGCUCCAGGAGGUGACAUGUGCUGACACCAGUGCUAAGCACCUGACAGAUCACAUCUACGUGAUUAACUUCUCUGUAAAUAGAUUCUUAACUGGCUUCAGGAUUUCCUCUUUCAGGUUUUGCAAACUAAGUUCUUAAAAAAAACAACAAAAAAACACACAAAAAACCAGGGGAUGAUUAUUUUUAAUCUUUGUACAGCAGUUUAUAUAGUUAUUGGUUUAGUCAGUCACUCCAGGAGAGUUUGAGUAAGUUUCAGUUUUGUUACUGCAUUUAUGGGCAGACUCUGCCUUAACACACUCCUGACUUAACCCUCUGCGUGCUGUGGUUGUGUAGUAAAGUUGUACCGCUGUCAUGUUAGAACGUCCUUUACCUACUGGCCACUUGUCCUUGGUCUGUGGAGAGAGACUUUGUUAAUGCCAUUGUACAAAUGCUCUCAGCUCUUGAGCCUUUUUACUGUAAAUGGUUUUGCCUCUACAGCUUGCAGGUGAAGAUGGGGUACGGGGCAGCCGUCCUGGGCACAAGCAGCUCUUUAGAUUGUCUGGUACCGCCUCCUGUCCACGGGGACUGCAGACCUGUCUGCUUUGAUCCUCUGCGCCCCGCAACAGACACUAAUAGUCACAGUACAGCAGAGCCGAGCUGACUGAAAUCUUGCUCGUGGACGUGAUUUUGUCCAUCAGCAUCAUACAGAAAAGCUGGUCUAAAAGCUGCACCUUGUAAGACGGUUAGGGCUGCACAGUAGAGGCAAAGGCGACCACCAGCCCCCGGCUUAAAGCUCCCUGACAGGGGCUUUACUCCCACCCACCUCUAUCAGUGUAGCUGUAGGACCAAAGCAGCUGCUCCUGUAUUUCCAUAAGGCAGGUUUUAGAUCCCAGCCCUUGUGGAAGGCUCCAGGCUCCAGUCUUACCUUAGAGCAAGGGGUAGGCAGAACCUUUCAGUCCUAGUGGAGUUGUUCCAUUGGACAAUAGCAGUGAAUUCAUCUGUUCUGUACAAUCAUUCCCUCCCACUUUAUACUUAUGCACAAAAAAGCUUAAGCUGGAUUUCAGUGUAUGGUUGAUGUUUGCAAUAUGUACUUGGUUUUUUUUUAAAAUGUAA